GAUGGCGUCUCCGUUCAGCGGCGCGCUGCAGCUCACCGACCUGGACGACUUCAUCGGGCCCUCGCAGGAAUGCAUCAAACCUGUCAAAGUUGAAAAAAAAAAUGGAAAAGCAGCAGCUAAGAUCAGAAUUGAAGCAGAUGGGAGCUACUUUCAGAUCAAUCAGGAUGGAGGAGCACAAAAACUGGAAAAGGCCAAAAUUACUCUGAAUGACUGUUUAGCUUGUAGUGGCUGCAUUACAUCAGCAGAGAGUGUUUUAAUCACUCAACAGAGCCAUGAAGAGCUAUACAAAAUGCUAACUUUUAACAAGACUGCAGCUCCCAAUGAACAGAAGUUGGUAGUGGUAUCUCUUUCACCACAGUCCAGAGCUUCCCUAGCUGCAAGAUAUAAAAUGAAUGUUCUGGAAACAGCAAAGAAGUUGACCACAUUCUUAAAGAGUUUAGGUGUGCACUAUGUAUUUGAUACAACUUUCUCAAGAAACUUCAGCCUACUGGAGAGCCAACGAGAGUUUGUAAAGCGCUUUCGAAAGCGGUCUGAAGACAAAAAGGCUUUGCCCAUGCUAGCUUCUGCCUGUCCAGGUUGGAUCUGCUAUGCUGAGAAAACCCAUGGCAGUUUCAUCGUUCCUUAUAUCAGUACUGCCAAGUCUCCACAGCAGGUCAUGGGCUCCUUGGUCAAAGGCCAUUUUGCAGAACAGCAGCACUUAACACCUGACCAGAUAUACCAUGUAACAGUAAUGCCCUGUUAUGACAAAAAGCUAGAGGCUUCAAGGCCAGACUUUUUCAACCAAGAGUACCAAACCCGAGAUGUGGACUGUGUAAUCACUACAGGAGAAGUGCUAAGGUUGUUGGAACAAGAAGGAAUCUCUCUAUCAGAUGUAGAUCCUGCUCCUUUGGAUACCACGUUUAGCAGCAUUACUGAAGAAGAGCUCUCCGGCCAUUCAGGAGGUGGUUCUGGUGGCUAUUUGGAGCACAUAUACAAGUAUGCAGCAAAGGAACUUUUUGGAAUUCAAGUGGAUACAAUUCAGUACAAACCUUUGAAAAACAAGGACUUCCAAGAGGUGACACUGGAGAAGGAUGGAGUAGUCCUGCUCCAGUUUGCUUUGGCAUAUGGAUUUCGAAACAUACAAAACUUAGUGCAAAAACUGAAACGAGGGAGAUCCCCUUACCACUAUGUUGAAGUCAUGGCUUGCCCAUCAGGCUGUUUAAAUGGAGGUGGUCAGAUCAAAAUAGAAGGUGAAUCCAGCAAGGACUGGCUUCAGCAAGUUGAGAAGCUGUAUGAAUCUCUCAAGACUGAAAUUCCAGAGAAGAAUCAGACUGUAAAUGAACUGUACGAACACUGGCUAGGUGGCGUGGAUUCAGAAAAGGCUGCAAAAGCACUGCACACAGAGUACCAUGCCGUGGAGAAAACAAGCACUGGAUUUAAUAUCAAAUGGUGAAGAAUGACUCUGGCAGCAAAUCUGUGAAGCCUACGUACAGAAAAUACUCAGUGCCUUUUUAAAUCAAUUGUAUUUAAGAUUCUCAAAAAACAGCUGAAGUUCUGUGUCAUCAGUGGGAGACUGCAAUUUGUGUCUAGCAUUAGCAAUGAGAAGGUAAUGUGUAUAUAGGCAGGUAAUCCUGAUUCCUACAGAUUUAUAAUUAUUGAAAUGAUGAGAAUAAAAAACAAACACUGACUUAAAAUACACGUUGAAAACUGUAAUGCAUCCUAGUCUUUAGGCAAUCUUUAUGAACUAAACCUGCCCUCCUUAUACAACCCCGACUUUUAUCAGAACUGAUGAAUUUUAGGUACUGAGGGAUUUGCCUUGCAGUAGACCGUGACCUCAUUGAGAUGAGCUUUAUGCUAUAUCAGAGUAUUGCUAGUCCAGGCCUUGCUGUAUUUUCACAGCACCAAGUUUUAUGGCUGCCUCUUUUUCAGACAUCCUCACAUAGUUAGGAAUGGUCUAAUUAGACCUUGGGUGCUGUUUUUUCAUUUCACUGUCCCCGACUGGAUGCUCUUGAGGCCCAGCUGCAGUACCUUUGCACUGUCAAAUGGAGUGGCAACCAACAGCCUGUAAUCAUAUGAGGAACAUGAGACCAAGGGCUGUUUUAUUGCCUACUGAAAUGUGACCUGAGUGAAUGCUUAAGAAAAAUCUAAAUUUAUUUUUCCUUUAAUUGCAAUAAUUAUCUAUAACUGUGGGCAAUUAUACAUCUCCUUCUCUCUUUCUAAAUACAUAGUACAGAGAGUAACAGAAUUGUCACAUCUAUCCCUGUCUCAACAGUAGUUUAAUGGUAGAUAAUAUCCAUAAAUUAAGAGAAAACAAUUUUUUUAUGGUGUUUCAAGUAAGAAUUUUUUGCUAUCUUUCCACAAAGGACAAACCAUCCUUGAUGUCUCUGAAAGCUGUUACUUUACAAAAGUUAUAGAAGGCUGUGAGAUUUAAUCAUCACAAAAAAGUAGUAUUACUAGAACAAUCAAAGGGGUUAGUAAAAAUACAGUCUUGUUUAACGCAGUAUAUCAAGAUGCCUUGCCCAGAGACUUGUGAACGUGAAACAGAUUUGGUUUUUCAUUAAUGGAGAUGAAAUGUGCUUGUCUUGCUGUGUGUAUUUUUCACAUACGGGUAUUCUGAGAACUAUUUACAAAAAGAAAAAAGAGAGAACUAUGAAUAA